UGGUUUCUGAAAUUUUUAUACGCAUUUCAACGAUUGAUGAAAAAUUAGCUGCAGUUUUGUAUUCAUUUUGAGAUUACUUGUGGAAAUUUUGAUUUAUAUCAGCUUCUUAGAUAGUGGAUUAUCGGACUAGAUUGUAAGUAAUUUAGGGUUUUUUAAGAUGGUUUUUCAGUGCCUUGAGUUUGAUGAAGUGUUAGCUGAUGAAUAUGUAUGAAUAUGGUCUACGAAUACACUGGUGAAUAAAUACUGCUAUAAAUAAUACCUGGUAAUUCAGUGAAAUUGAAAGAUUCAGCAAUUUGAGUGCUAUGUAUCAGCUUCUCUGUUUUACAGCGUGAAUCGUAUCUGAUCUUUUACAUUUCUUUUGGAUUUGUGUGUUAGUCGAAGGGAUGGGUAUGAGCUGGACUAUUGCUAUCAACAACACGAAGAAAUUAAUCAGAUAUAUUCAAGAGAGAUAAAACCCCUGAUUUUAGAGAUUUUUGAUGGCCUGAGUAUAUCAGUGAUCGCUCUAGGAGCGCGAGGAAGUGGCAAAACUUACUCCAUACAGGGGUGUCGAGAGAAACCAGGUCUAGCUGUGAUUGCAAUGUCGGAAAUCCUUUCCAAAGCAAAGGAAUUAGGCAAGUCAGUUUCUAUCUCCCUCUAUGAACUGACACAAGAGCAUUUGAAAGAUCUUUUAAACCCCGACAAUCAUGCCAUUCAAAUACUAGAAGAUGCUCAAGGCAAAGUCAACCUUAAAGGACUUUCUCAGGCAAGAAAUAUGUCUGAACUUGCUAAAGUUUCCGAACCUUUGUUCUUGUUUCAAACCUGUUUCGGUUCUUUAAUAUGUUUUGCAGGUCCCCGUGAGCAGUAUUACAGAAUUUUAUAAUAUAUACUUCGGUCAAACGAGUUCUAGGUGUACUCAAUUGAAACCAACGGAUUUGCCACACAGCAAGGGCUUGAUAGUGCACCUACCAUCUGAAGACGACAAACUUAAAUCAAAGUCGGGAAACAAGAUUAAUUUCGUUGAUUUAGCAGCUUACGAGGAUCCUAGAAACAGUUGCGGUAGUUUUGAGAACAACAAUUUGUUGUAUGCAUUACUGGAUGUUGUUAGGGCUAUUAACUCAAACGAGACUUGGGUACCAUAUCGGGGAAGUAAACUCACUCGAAUCUUACAAGAUCCGCCUGGUGGCAGAAGUCAAGUAUUACUUCUCACUUGCUUGAAUCCUUAUUUUUGUCAGGACUCUCUGAGCCUUAUGGGUUUAAUUUAUCGCUGUUCGUCUCAAGGCAUCAAGAAAGUAUUAACAGACUCUACUAACAGAAGUCAAAAUCGGAAGAUUAUGUCUGCUUCCUUGAGUGGUAAAAAACAGGUUACACGUAGUCGGCUCCUUUCGACAAACAAGACUAGUUGCAUCUUGGAAGGAAGGGAACUCUUUGUAGAAGCAAAAUCAGUGAAUGCUAAGCAAAAUCAGGUCGAGACACAUUUUGAAGCAGAUUCAUCCUCAUCGACAGUUAAUAUGCCAGAGGAUAUUCAACAUUCCAGUGCAAGAUUUGCGACUCCAACCAGCUGUUGCAGAUCUGUGAUCAAACAGUCUUUCGAACAAAAAUAUCUCGAUUUUCUCAAUUCUGCGAAUAACGAAGAGUUGAGAAGCUUGAAGGGUAUUGGGCCGAAACGGGCUCAACGAAUUCUGGAAUGUAGGAAAAAAUCUCCCGAACCAUUCAAGACCCUUGAAGAUUUAAAGGGUAUCGGAGUGUCGGUAAAACAGGUGCAUUAUGAAAUUAUAUGGUUUCAAACUUUCAUUUUUUUUUUCCUUAUUAAAAAUGUAUUGUAA